UAAACUUUUUUUUUUUUCCAAAAUGAAAAUCAUAACAAAUUUUAGAUUAUAAACAUGCAUGUUUUUGUAGAAUGAGAAACCACUACCUAUUCAAUUUCUCUACAUUAGUAUCACCUCAGAUUCACUCACUAAACCAACAUUUCCAAUUCCCAAAACCCACCACUAGAAUACGCCAACUUUUAAGAUCACUCACACAAAACAACUCAGAAUUACACUACAAGCAAAUCCAUGCCCAAAUUAUAGUUUCCAACUUGGAAUGUGAUACAUUUAUAACCAAUGUAUUGCUUAAUUUGUAUGCAAAGUCCAACUUUUUAUGCCAUGCACGUAAAUUGUUUGAUAAAAUGCCCAAGAGAAACUCAGUUUCUUGGUCUUCAAUGGUUUCAAUGUAUUCCAAAAGUGGGUUUAGUGAGGAAGCUUUGUUGGUGUUUUUGGAUUUUAAUAGGUGUUGUAAUGAUAGUCCUAAUGAGUACAUUUUAGCUAGUGCUAUACGUGCUUGUGUGCAGCUUGAUGAUUAUGGUGGUGGACAUGGUGGUAUAGGUAAACAAAUGCUUGGCUUUGUUGUAAAGUUUGGUUUUGAUCAAGAUGUUUAUGUGGGUACUUCUUUGGUUGAUUUGUAUGCAAAGAGUGGCUGUGUUGAUGAAGCUAGAUUAGUCUUUGACGGGUUGUCGGAAAAGAGUGCGGUUUCUUGGACAACUAUUAUUACUGCUUGUGUUAGAAGUGGGAGAAGUGAGGUGUCAUUGCAAUUGUUUAACCAAAUGAGAGAAAGUAUUGUUAUGCCGGAUAGAUAUGUUCUAUGUAGUGUUUUAAGUGCGUGUUCACAGCUUGAGUGUGUGCGAGAAGGCAAGCAAAUUCACGGGCAUGUGCUGAGGAAGGGGAUUGAUAUUGAUGUUUCAGUGGUUAAUGUGCUUAUUGAUUUUUACACCAAAUGUGGUCAUGUACAAACUGCUAGGAAAGUGUUUGAUCGAAUGGUAGAUAAAAAUGAAAUUUCGUGGACAAGUAUGAUUGCUGGAUAUAUGCAGAAUUCUUUUGAUAGGGAGGCUUUGAAAUUGUUUGUUGAGAUGAACAGAUUAGGUAGGAAGCCGGAUGGGUUUGUUUGCACUAGCAUUCUCUCAUCAUGUGGUUCACUUCAGGCUCUAGAAUUGGGGAGGCAAGUGCAUGCCUACGGUAUAAAGGGUAAUGGUGAGAGUGAUCGGUUUCUGCAAAAUGGUUUAAUUGAUAUGUAUGCGAAAUGUGAUUCCUUGAUUGAUGCAAGAAGAGUUUUUGACUCUAUGACUGAUCAUAAUGCGGUCUCAUACAAUGCAUUAAUUGAAGGAUAUUCGACAUGCGAGCAACUAUUUGAAGUAAUAGAACUUUUCAGCGGGAUGAGACAUAGGAUGAUCUCGCCGAGCCUUUUAACAUUUGUAAGUCUUCUUGGCGCAUCAUCAACGACGUCAGCCUUGGUACUCGGUAAGCAAAUUCAUGCCCUGAUGACUAAAUUUGGCAUCCUAAUGGAAAUAUAUGCUGGCAGUGCAUUAAUAGAUUUAUAUUCGAAGUGUUCAUGUUUGAUGGAUGCCAGACUUGUAUUUAAUGAAAUAACUGAGAAAGACAUUGUAGUGUGGAAUGCAAUGCUUGCUGGCUAUACCCAACAGUUGGAAAAUGAAGAAGUUCUUAAACUUUACUCUAAAUUACAAUUAUCUGAACAGAAACCCAAUGAUUUCAGUUUUACUGCCCUUACUACAGCAGCUAGCAACUCAGCAAGCCUCUUAUGUGGACAACAAAUCCACAACCAUAUCAUCAAGACAGGUAUAGAUUCAAAUUCAUUCGUGACGAACUCGCUUAUAGACAUGUAUGCUAAAUGCGGAAGCUUGCAAGAUGCUCGUAAGACAUUUAGCUCAGCGAUGAGGAGAGAUGUGGUCUGUUGGAAUUCAAUAAUCCUGACAUAUGCACAUCAUGGAGAAGCAAAAAAGGCUCUUCAAAUAUUUGAAGAAAUGACAAAAGAGGGAAUAAAUCCCAACUAUAUUACGUUUAUCGGCAUUCUCUCAGCUUGUAGUCACGCAGGUCUCGUUAAAGACGGACUUCAUUACUUCGAAUCAAUGCCAGACUAUGGCAUUGAACCAGGAACGGAACACUACGCUUGCGUAGUUUCGCUUCUAGGUCUUGCAGGUAAACUACACAAAGCCAAGGAAUUUGUAGAGAAAAUGCCAAUAAAGGCAGAAGCAGUAGUAUGGAGGAGCUUACUUAGCGCGUGUCGCAGAGGAGCUUCGAGUAAUGUGGAACUGGCAAAAUACGCAGCGGAAAUGGCAAUCUCGAUCGAUCCUACAGACAGCGGUUCGUACACAUUACUGUCAAAUAUUUAUGCAGCUAAAGGAAUGUGGGUAGAUGUGAAAAAGAUUAGGGAUGGAAUGGAUGUUGCUGGUGUAGUAAAAGAAGCUGGACAUAGUUGGAUAGAAGUGAAUAAUGCUGCACAUAAGUUUAUAGCAAGAGACACAACUCAUUGUAAAACUGAACUAAUUUAUUCAGUUUUAGAUUCUUUAAUUUGGCAAACUAAAGAGGCAGCUCAUACUUAUAAGUUAUAA